AUGGAAGACGAGCUGUUUAAUGACUCAUGCGAUGAAGAAAACGAGUUUGAUCGAGCUUUACAAGAAGCUGAUCAAGACUCCAUACACAACAGUGUGAGUUCAUGGACCCAAGUCCCUAUAGAAUCUAUUUCAGGCUUGUCUUACUACCCAAAUUGGCUUCCCCCGGACCUACAAAAUCAAAUUGCGAAUGUUUUACCUGAAAGCCUGUUUUCAGAUACCAACUCUGGAAGACAAUUGCACCUAUACGUUCCUUUCCCAGAGCCAAUUCAACGCUUAAACAAGUACUUACCAUCCGAGUUUUUGUCCGACAUUUGGAGGGAUCAACCUGCUGAAGCCUCCAUCAUCCAAGUUUAUAAUCCAGGCGAUGGGAUUAUCCCUCACAAAGAUUUGGACAUGUUUGCCGAUGGUGUCGCCAUCUACUCUUUCUUUUCAGACAUAACUAUGGUGUUUACGUUACCAUCUCAAAAACUCAAAUGCGAUGUACGGCUACAAAAGGGAAGUUUGGUUGUCAUGCAUGGGCCAGCAAGAUACCAAUGGCUCCAUGAAAUACCAUUUCGAGGAGGAGAUUGGAUUCCAUUAUCUUCCCAAGAUGAAGCAGCAUCCUCAAAACAAACUUGGAUGCCAAGGAAUCAACGUUUCAGCAUUACUAUGAGACGAAUUGUAGAAAACCAUACCUUUGGGUAG